AUGUACCGUUUCUUGGUCAGUCUCCUCGGCCUGGUGGCGGGAACCACCUAUGCGGCUCCAGUUCCGGAGGUCUCCAGCAUGAACGCUGUCCGUAACGGCCCUCCACCUGGCUGUCUCACUGUUGGCCCUGCUGGACAACAUCAUACCGUGGGAGCUGCGCUGAGCGCACUCGGAUCUUCGCCCUCACCCGCGUGUAUCUACAUCGCCCAGGGAACGUACAAAGAGAAAGUUGUCAUUAACUACAAGGGCGCGUUGACUUUGUAUGGUGAGACCUCAGACACCUCAUCGUACAAGGGAAAUGCUGUCACCAUCACCCACACUAUCUCCGAUGAUGCUGGCACCCUGGAUGACAGCGCUACAUUGCAGGUGAAAUCGAAUGACUUCAAAAUGUACAAUAUUAAUGUGGUGAACGGGUAUGGACCAGGCAAACAGGCGCUUGCAUUAUCUGCAGAUGCCAACCACCUGGGCUUUUAUGGCUGUCAAUUCCGCGGUUACCAAGACACCGUCUUUACUAAGACGGGAACCCAAUUCUUCUCCAAAUGCUUGAUCCAGGGGUCGGUGGAUUACAUCUUCGGGGGUGGUUCUGCUUGGUUCCAUCAAUGUGAUAUCCGCUCCACGGCGCCUGGUUAUAUCACUGCCAGCGGACGUGAAAAGGCCGACAAUUCCUGGCUCGCCUUUGAUCACUGCACCAUUUCGGGAGCGAGCGGCGUGAACCUGAAGGAGAAGGUUUUCCUUGGAAGGCCUUGGCGGCCUCUUGCACGGGUUAUCUAUCAAAAUUCGGAUCUGAGUGACGUCGUCUCGCCGAAGGGAUGGAGUCCCAUGGCCAAGGGCGCGACUCCACUGUUUUACGAAUUCAAAAACAGCGGAGCGGGUUCGAACACAUCGAAGCGAGAGUUUUUGUCGCCCAUCGCUGCUGCCGUCACGCGAGAGAGUGUUUUGGGCAAUGACGCCGCCCAGUGGGUGGAUGCGCGAUACUAG